GGAGGAAAAGGGCGGGGGGAGCCUGAGUUGGGCUGACCUCUGAAAGUCUGGGAAGGUGUGCGAGAGCCCCGAGUGUUUUCAGCUCCGGAAGUGGCAGUUGUAAACUUCACCUCCCGGGGGGCCUGUCCCCUCCUGUCCCCCUUUGCUCUUUGUCCCCCUCCUCUCGGGUCCUGGAGUCCGUCGUGUUCCAACAGUUUUUGCUCUUACCCCUGCGGGGUGCCUGGGCCUUCUACCCCUGAGACUUGGAGCGGCCCCUGGGGUCUUGGGUGUGCGGCGUAGAUCACGCGAGGCCCCUGAGGUGCUAUCUGGAUUGAGAACCCAAUGAAGACCUCAGAUCAUCUAACCUGUAAGCCACAGACAUCUUAGGCAAUUUUAAUCAUCAAGAAAGAAAUAUGUCAUUAAGAAACACUGGGACAUUUUGAAAGAGUUGGAAAACAUCAUGAAUUUGAAUGCUUCAAGUAAUGGCACUGGUGACACCCAAAGGUUGAAGAAUGCCUCAUCAGAUGUAAAACAAAUACUUAAAAAUGAAACAGAGCUGGAUAUUAUUGCUGAUCUCAGAAAGAAACUCCAUCGGGCUAAAAAAGAAAAAUUAGAAAUAACAACAAAACACAAUGCAGAGCUGGCAUGCUAUGAGAGCCAGAUUGCCAAGCUACGGUCCGAGGUUGAAAAAGGAGAAGCGUUGCGACAAAGUCUGGAGUAUGACCUAGCUGUUGCUAGAAAGGAAGCUGGUUUUGGAAGACGGGCUGCUGAAGAAAGAUUAGCCGAGGAACAUAGGAUCCAAGAAAAACUCUAUGCACAGAAUUCAGAACUUCAAGCAAAGGCAAAUGAGAUUGAGAAAGCAUUUCAGACUUCUCAGCAAAAAUGGAAAGAAGAAUGCAGACGGUUUGAACACGAUUUGGAGGAAAGAGACAAUAUGAUCCAAAAUUGCAAUCGAGAAUAUGAUCUACUUAUGAAAGAAAAAAGCAGACUAGAGAAAACUCUACAGGAAGCGUUGGAAAAACAUCAACAGGAGAAGAAUGAGAUGGAGUCUCAUAUCAGGGAAACGGCAUUGGAGGAGUUUAGAUUACAAGCAGAACAAUGGGAAGCAGAAAGAAGAGAAUUACAAUUUAUAGUACAGGAGCAAGAUACUGCUGUGCAAAAUAUGCAUAAGAAAGUAGAAAAAUUAGAAACAGAACAUAUGGACUGCUCUGACCUUUUACAGCGACAAACAAGCGAACUUGAAUUUAGCACUCAACGAGAGGAACGCCUCAGAAAAGAAUUUGAGGCAACUACUCUGAGAGUGAGGAAAUUAGAAGAAAACAUUGAAGCAGAAAGAGCAGCACAUUUGGAAUCAAAAUUUAAUUCUGAAAUUAUUCAGUUACGGAUUCGAGACCUUGAAGGAGCUUUGCAAGUAGAAAAGGCCAGUCAAGCAGAGGCUGUUGCUGAUUUGGAAAUGAUCAAGAAUGAAUUCAAAGAAGUUGAAAGUGCAUAUGAGCGAGAAAAGCAUAAGGCACAAGAGAGCUUGGCAAAACUAAAUUUAUUAGAAAGAGAGUAUUUCUCCAAAAACAAGAAACUAAAUGAAGAGAUCGAGGAACAGAAGAAAGUCAUUAUAGACCUUUCAAAGAGACUCCAGUACAAUGAAAAAAGUUGCAAUGAAUUACAGGAAGAACUAGUAAUGGCUAAGAAGCACCAGGCCUUCCUAGUAGAGACAUGUGAAAAUAACGUGAAAGAAUUGGAAUCGAUCUUGGACAGCUUUACUGUGUCGGGCCAGUGGACAUCAGGCAUCCACAAGGACAAAGAUAAACCUCCCAGCUUCUCUGUUGUCCUUGAGACGUUGAGGCAUACCUUGACAGAUUACCAGAACAAGCUGGAAGAUGCAUCUAAUGAGCUAAACAGCAUGAAUGAUGCUAAGGAAAAGGCAUGUAAUGAGCUUGAUUCUACGAAACAGAAGAUAGACUCUCACACUAAAAAUAUAAAGGAACUUCAGGAUAAACUGGCUGAUGUCAAUAAAGAGUUAAGUCAUUUACGCACUAAAUGUGCAGACCGAGAGGCUUUAAUAAGCACUUUAAAAGUGGAACUACAAAAUGUGCUACACUGUUGGGAGAAAGAAAAGGCUCGAGCAGCCCAGUCUGAAAGUGAACUGCAGAAGAUUUCCCAGGCUUUUCAUAAGGAUGCUGAGGAGAAGCUAACCUUCCUUCACACCUUGUAUCAGCACUUGGUAGCAGGCUGUGUGCUCAUAAAACAACCAGAAGGCAUGCUGGAUAAAUUCUCUUGGUCUGAGCUUUGUGCAGUCUUGCAGGAGAAUGUUGAUGCCCUGAUUGCAGACCUCAACAGGGCUAAUGAGAAGAUAAGCCAUUUAGAGUAUAUCUGUAAAAACAAGUCUGACACAAUGAGAGAGCUUCAGCAGACUCAGGAAGACACCUUUACCAAAGUGGCAGAACAGAUCAAAGCCCAAGAGAGCUGCUGGCACAAACAAAAGAAGGAACUGGAGCUGCAGUAUUCUGAACUCCUCCUGGAGGUGCAGAAGAGGGCACAGACAUUUCAAGAAAUUGCUGAAAAAAAUAUGGAAAAAUUGAGCCAUAUUGAGAAGUCGCAUGAACAGUUGGUUCUCGAAAAUUCGCACUUCAAAAAACUGUUAUCACAGACUCAAAGGGAACAGACAUCCUUGCUGGCAGCCUGUGCAUUGAUGGCUGGUGCCUUAUAUCCCCUCUAUAGCCGAUCAUGUGCCUUAUCUACACAGAGAGAUUUUCUCCAGGAGCAGGUCAACACCUUUGAACUGUUCAAACUGGAAAUUAGAACUCUAGCCCAGGCUUUGUCAACUGUAGAGGAAAAGAAGCAAGAGGAAGCCAAGAUGAAGAAAAAAACAUUCAAAGGAUUGAUACACAUAUUCCGGAAAGGUGUUAUUGCAAUUUUGGCAGCAAACAGACUCAAGAUUUUGGGCCAAUCAUGUGCCUCUCUAUUUACCUGGAUGGAGAGUUUCAAAGAAGGCAUAGGCAUGUUAGUGUGUUCAGGAGAGCCCAAAGACAAGCAUAAAUUUCCAAAACAUCAAAAGGAGCAGUUGCGUUGUUUACAAGCGCUCAGUUGGCUCACCAGUUCUGACCUUCUUGCUGCAAUAAUCAGUUCUAUGGCUGAAUUGCAAGAAGUCAUUGGUAAAACAGAUCCAAAUUCCAGAAUUUGUGGACAUUUACUCAUAGGUGCAGCCAAGAAUUCUUUUGCAAAACUCAUGGAAAAAAUUAGUCUGGUAAUGGAAUGUAUACCUCUGCACAGUAGCAGGAGUAUUACAUAUGUAGAAAAAGAUUCUCUGGUUCAGAGGCUGGCCCAUGGACUUCAUAAAGUAAACACCCUGGCCCUAAAAUAUGGUUUGUGUGGCCAUGUGCCCAUUAUGAAAAGCACAGCAUCAUUGCAGAAGCAAAUAUUUGGAUUUACACAAAGACUGCAUGCUGCAGAAGUAGAGCGCCGCUCACUACGCUUAGAGGUCACAGAAUUCAAACGAAGUGUGAAUGAAAUGAAAAAGGAGCUUGACAAAGCCCAGGGUCUCCAAAUGCAAUUAAAUGAAUUUAAGCAGUCUAAAUUGAUCACCCAUGAGAAGUUUGAAAGUGCAUGUGAAGAGCUAAAUAAUGCAUUACUUCGGGAACAGCAGGCACAAAUGCUAUUGAAUGAGCAGGCGCAACAACUACAGGAAUUGAAUUACAGACUUGAAUUGCACUCCAGCGAGGAAGCUGACAAAAACCAAACUCUUGGAGAAGCUGUUAAGAGUCUCUCCGAGGCAAAGAUGGAGCUGAGAAGAAAAGAUCAAUCUCUGCGUCAGCUCAAUAGACAUCUUACCCAGCUGGAGCAGGACAAGCGUCGACUGGAGGAGAACAUCCAUGAUGCAGAGAGUGCCCUCCGCAUGGCAGCCAAAGACAAAGAAUGUGUUGCUAAUCACAUGAGAGCAGUAGAAAAUUCACUUCACAAGGUACUGUAAUUUUUAUUUAAUAUUGUUCAGUUUGUAUCAUGACACCUAGUCAUUAUUUUUAUUAACCACAAAAUAUUCUAAUUCAUUUUGUAACUUAAAAAAUAAAUUAACAAAAGGAUGCUUUGCAGAUGACUGGAAAUUUCCAUUACUUAGUGCUAUAUUGAAUGCUUUUUUCAGAAUUCACUUUAUAUACCUAAUAAAACUAUGAAAAUAAUGGUUUCCCCAAACUGGUGUAAUUGCACUUGGAAUUAUUUGCAGUCUUUGCUGGACAAAGCAGAGGCCAUUAAAAUUCUUACAUGUCUCAUAAUGAUAAAAUGUUUGACCACACUGUCUAACCUCUUAC